CCUUUAUAUCUAUCGGAGCAACAGUAAUUUUCCUACUGUAACCGUAAGCAACGCUCCGGCAGAGGCUGAGGCCCUCUGAAGAUCAAGGCUCAGGGCUUACGCAUUUGCACCGGGAAUUCACUCCACUUCUGACCUCUGAAACGGUCAGUCUUUUCACUUUGGCUUUAUUUCAUUCGUGUCAAAAGAACAUCUAUCUGGGUUUUGCCGUUGUCUGAAAGAUGAAACAAAACAGAACAAAAUUCCGAAGAGGGGUUGAGAUAACGAACAUGGGCAUAACGGAAAUGGGGUUUCAAAUAUCGGGUUUUACAGGAUCGGAAGUUCGAUCACUGGGCUGUCUGUUAUGUUCGGAAAAUAACUCCAACUGUUUUCUAAUUUUCUGUCUGAUUAAAUUUUGAUCCUGUUUACUACUGAAAUAAUCUCUCAUUAACUAGACAAAGGCUAGUACUGUAGUUGCUUUAUUGCUCAAGAAAAUCCCACCCAAAUGUUAGAAAUACUUGUUUUGUGGAGAAGAUGCUGAUCUGGUAUUGACCUGUUGACCCACUCCAGUCCUCGACCUUGCGAUUUCUGAAUACCAGUACCUGGAAAUUGUGACCAACUUGACAGCUAGGACUCUGAAGAAUUCGGAGAAAUUUCCCACAUUGACUAGGAGUCUAGGGCCACACGGCUCAUUAAUUCUUGCACAUGCAUUGAUGCUCAGUUAGUUUCCUGGUUGAAGCUUGACUUGACUUGGGUCUGUAUGCUGUAUUAGUUGGCAGUUACUAGUAGUUUUCGUUUGCCUUAUAAUUCAAGUCUUUGUGUUUUGGUCAUUUGUGAAUAUUUUACUUAGUGAAGUUAUCUGCAAGAAAUGGAUGUGCUUGAUGAGCCAAGUUGUCACAGACAGGACAGAAAAUCUUGGUCGAACCUUUUGUUAUUAUGGAAAAGAAGAAAGGAGGAUGGGGUCUUGUAUCAUAUUCAGACCAAUGAAUUGAUAUUCUUGAGUCAUUUGAAAUUUGAUAAAUUGGUUCGAAUUACAAGUUACCGACGAUUCAUGAGUUAUGAGGAAAUUAAAUUGUAUAUUGUAUGACAUCCAACUGCUUAGGCCUCAGGUCGAGUCAAACAAACGUUUUUAUCUUAAAAAAAUUAUUUUGGAUUUUGAACAAUCACUAUACUUCAUAUUCGAUUUCAGGUUUUGUAUUCUCAUGACCUAUUUUGAUUUGCAUUACCAAAUUGGAAGGAUCAACGUUUCUAGUCUUUACAUUUGAAGUCUUGGAUUUUGGACUUGCUUUGCUUGCUUAAUUAGCGGCAUUUGUAAUUGUAUCUCAUGUGAAUGAAACAUGAGGCAAUUAGACUAGUGAGAUGACUCUUGGUCAAAGUAAACUCUAGAAGAUGGAGUGAUGGACCAUGGUUUUCCUCAAUCAUAAAGUGAUGGUAGGCGACUAGGCGGUACAAGCAGAGUUUCCUUUGUAAUGAUAUUUGUUGUUAAAUAUACUUUCUCGCUACAUGUUUCCUGAAGCAUUAUCAACAACAAUGUCACUGAUAUUCGUGCAAUUGUUCUUUUCUUUUAAUCUGCUCCUAAUUUAUGCCCAAAAUCAAACAGGUUUCAUCAGUAUCGAUUGCGGCAUAACAGAAAAUGUUAGUUAUGUUGACAAGUUUUCAGGUAUUAAGUACAUUUCAGAUGCAGGGUUCGUAGACACCGGUGAAAGUAGGUCAGUAUGGCCUAAUCAAAGAAAUAACUAUUCACAGCCAUACUGGACCCUUAGGAGAUUCCCAGAAGGAACCAGGAACUGCUACAAAAUAGAUGUCACGAGUGGGACGAAGUAUUUGAUUCGAGCAAGUUUCUUUUAUGGAAAUUAUGACAGCGAAAAUAAGUUACCUGAAUUUGAAGUACAUCUUGGAGCUAACUUGUGGGAUACCGUGAGGUUUGAGAAUUCAUCAACGGACAAGAGGAUGGAGCUCUUACAUACCCCCUUUAUAUCAGCUAUAGAGUUAAGGCCUUUACCUGAUGAGACUUAUCAAACACAGAUGUGUUCCUUGCAACUUGUUUUGCGGCGUGACGCUGGUCAAAUGGAUAGAGGAUACAGUAUAUACCAUCCACCCUCUGUUGUCAUGGGUACUGCCACCACGCCAAGAGAUCCAAAUCCUUUGCAUGUUUCCUGGUUGCUUUCUAAUGAUAGCAAUGCAGAAUAUCAUAUUUACAUGCACUUUGCAGAAGUUGAAAAGCUCCUACCCAACCAGUUUAGGCAGUUCAACAUCACUAUGAAUGGGGAGCACUUUUAUGGACCAGUUACUCCUAUUUACUUGUACACAACUACUAUAUCUAGCUCUAAAGCUUUUGCCGGACGACAAAAUAAUAUUUCAAUCUUGAAGGCUGACAACUCUAGUCUUCCACCCAUACUCAAUGCUUUUGAGAUUUAUAAGGUGAGAUUCGUAGGAGGGGAUACAGACCUAGAAGACGUUGUUGCAAUCACAAACAUCAAGGAGACCUAUAAAAUUAGAAAAACCUGGCAAGGAGAUCCAUGUUCUCCUCAAGCUUACUCAUGGGAAGGCGUAAACUGUAGUUAUCAUGCUUACGAACCCUUUAGGAACUUGUCCUCGUAUGGAUUAACAGGGGAGAUAGCUCUCUCUAUAUCUAAUCUGGCAAAGAUACAAACUCUGGACUUAUCAAACAACAACUUAACAGGGAGAAUUCCAGAGUUCUUGUCUCAAUUACCAGAUCUAAUUUUCAUAAACUUGGAGAAAAACAAGCUUACAGGCUCAGUUCCAGUAGGACUAAUCGAAAAAAGGAAGAAUGGUUUGCUGUCACUAAGUUUGUGCCAAAAUCUAAACCUAUCCGGACACGUUGCUUGCAAGUCAAAGAAUAACCACAAUUUCAUGAUUCUUGAAGUGGUAUCUGGAAUUUCCAUCCUCUUGUCGAUUGUAGUAGCUAUUGUCUGCUGGAGCCGAAGGAAACAACAGGGAGAUGACACAGUCGUGAAAGGCACUGUCCGAUUGGGAUCAAUGGAAUCAACAAAACGAAAAUUUACCUUCUCUGAGAUACUCAAGAUCACCAACAACUUUGAAAGGGUUUCUGGUAAAGGUGGAUUUGGAACUGUUUAUCAUGGUUGCUUAGACAAGACUCAAGUAGCUGUCAAGAUGCUUUCGCCAUCAGCAAUUCAAGGGUUUCAACAAUUUCAUGCAGAGGUUGAUCUUCUAACGAGGGUUCAUGACAAAAACCUGACAAGUCUUGUUGGAUAUUGCAACAAUAAAACUAGAGUAGGCCUUGUCUACGAGUACAUGUGGAAUGGAAACUUACACGAACAUCUUUCAGAUAGCAGUUCAAAUAUUUUGACUUGGGAAGAUCGACUUCGAAUAGCAGUAGAUGCUGCACAAGGACUGGAAUAUCUGCAUUAUGGUUGCAAGCCACCUAUAAUCCACAGGGACAUAAAAUCAACAAAUAUCUUGCUGAAUGAUUAUCUUCAAGCUAAACUAUCAGAUUUUGGCCUAUCCAAGAUUUUUCCAACUAAUGAUGGGAGUCAUGUAUCGACUCUUGUUGCUGGCCCUCCUGGGUACCUUGACCCUGAGUAAGUAUUAUUUGUUUUCAGUGUGCAUACUCAUUCAAGGCCACGUUUGGUUCAUGGAAUGGAAAGGAAAUGAAACCAAUUCUUGAGAUAUUCGAUAGGCAUGGGAAUUCGCAACUCCCGACAAUUUUCCAUUCUAGUGUUUGGUAAGACCUGUAAAAUUUGGUUUGGAUAGUUUGAACAGUGGUAAUUCGGUAAAAAAAACUUCAU